AUGACGACCGGGUUGGACUUCACUGCGACUCACACCCCAGGUACCCCUGGUAGCGAAUUCGUUAACGAGAUCGACUCCUCACCGGGGACGUCAUGGGCGUCCCAAUUUGACGAGACUCCCAUGUCAGCUUCAACAGGGCUGGGCAAUGCCCUGCCCACAAGCGCUCAUACUACGAAUCAUGAUAUCUCCAUUGGACAGCGAAUGACAUCUGCGUCGGCCGGAAACAUCUUGACCGGGCUCCUUGUCACCCCUCUCGAUGUCGUACGAGUUCGUCUACAGUCACAAUCACAGGUUACAAGCGCUUCACAAUUCACCACACAUACGACCCGGUCUUUAAAGAACCUCCCUGCGAAUAUUGGAAUCACUUCGUGCUGUCGCGAAGUGUUUUGGGUUGGAGACAAUGCGCAGAUGUGUAUGCUAGGCCCCCAGGCUGGUGCAAUCGGAAACCCGGCACACCCUGCACUGGACUGUGCUGUUGAGGAGACUCAGCGGCGGACAUUUACAUCAACAUUGGAUGGAUUAAGAAAGAUUGCCCGGAAUGAGGGUGUAUCUACCUUGUGGCGAGGUCUGAGCGCGACGUUGAUGAUGGGCAUUCCGGCAAAUAUAAUCUACUUUGCCGGGUAUGACUGGCUGCGCAUGGACGAUAAUAGUCCAGUAAGAAAGCUUGUGCCGGACGCUUAUGCACCAUUCAUCGGCGGUGCGAUCGCGAGAACAACGGCUGCUGCCGCCACCAGUCCCAUCGAGAUGUUUCGCACUCGGCUUCAAGCUACCCCAGGCACGGGCGCUGGCCAUUUCAAGGCCACUCUGCAGGGGUUACAUCAAAUGACCAAGGCGAAAGGUUAUACCUCUCUUUGGCGUGGAUUGUCGCUGACGAUGUGGCGCGAUGUCCCGUUUUCUGGUCUCUACUGGUGGGGAUAUGAGAAGGUCAAGCUAAAUCUGGAGAUUGCGCGUCAACAGACGCCAAAUCUGUCGGGCGCUGACCUCGAUGCUCCCACUAGUGCUACUGCCUUCCUGGACAGCUUCAUUGCCGGUGCCUCUUCGGGAGCCGUCGCCGCAUUGGUAACAACACCUUUUGACGUCGGAAAGACGCGCCAGCAGGUUUACAGACACAAGGACGACCACAUUCCCGCUACACAGCGAUCUAACAUGGCUCCUAAGGCCCUCGUUCCUGAACAACUUUCCCUCCCAAAAUUCCUUCUUCACAUAUUCCGUGAAGAGGGCAUGCCUGGACUCUUCCGUGGCUGGUCAGCACGCUGCCUUAAGGUCGCACCAGCCUGUGCAAUCAUGAUAUCUACCUACGAACUGGGGAAGCGCAUGGCCCGAGAGGUCAAUGAACGCCGGCAUGAAACCCCAUAA